UCAUAAGAUAUAUAGCGCACGUCGGGAAGCGUCCGUUGAUUGAAUCGCUGCUUCAGUCGGGCCCAUUACAAUGGUGGUUAGAUGUGCCCCCAGGAGUCGCUGAGAAACGGCCAUGGCCUGGCUCUGCGCUACAGGAAUUUUCCUCUCCUUUUGCAUACACAUGACGACCGAGUAUCCAGCACCGCAAAGCGCCCAACACGGGGCUCCGCAGGCGCCCGGCCUGCCCCAGAGCACGCCCAGCCCGUUCCCGACGGGCGGCGUCGGAGGCGUCAGACGGACGCUAUCGGGCUGGAGGGAAUGGCGAAGGGCCGAUCCGACCUUGAUCAACAGCCUCUGGAGGAGCAAAAUGGGCAACGGCAUCAGGAAGCAAUUAGGAAACGCCGAGGUGUACAUAAUGCUGGCGCUGCUCAUCGGCCUCGCCACCGUCGUCAUAGGCUGCUGGCUGUCCGACAACUGCUGGUCCCCGGAGCCGGACUGCCAGGUCUCAGCGAUCGCAUGACCCAAGCUCAAGCCGGUCCUGCAACCGGCCGAGAUGCCCCCGGGCGGCGAUUCGUCCUCGUCGACGUCGUCGCCGGAGUCGCCCCAGUCGCCCGGAUCCCGGCCCAUCAGCCCCGAGAGCAACUGGCCCCUCGUCGAGGUAUCGGACAGGGACCAGCUGGAUCUCUGACAUCACGCCAUGUGCGAUAA